GGCGGAGCCGGCUGUCGCUCGGCGGUGCCGGCCCGGUUGCCCAGGGAACGGGCUCCCGGCAGCCCCCGCGGCCCGGAGUCCGUCCCCGCCUCCCCCGGCCCGGCGGGGCCGAAGAGUCCGGAGGGGCAGCUGCGGGAGCCCCCAGGUUUCUUCGAUGCCAAAUAAACAUUCCUUUUCCUGCCUGAAGGUCAUCUGUGGAAACCUUGGCCAUGGCGUCCACAUCAGAGCCUGUUACCUUCAGAGAGUUCUGCCCUUUGUACUAUCUCCUCAAUGCCAUUCCCACAAAGAUCCAGAAGGGUUUCCGCUCUAUUGUGGUCUACCUUACGGCCCUUGACACCAAUGGGGACUACAUUGCUGUGGGCAGCAGCAUCGGCAUGCUCUAUCUGUACUGCCGGCACUUCAACCAGAUGAAAAAAUACAACUUUGAGGGGAAGACGGAAUCCAUCACGGUGGUGAAGCUCCUGAGCUGCUUCGAUGACCUCGUGGCUGCUGGCACAGCCUCUGGGAGAGUUGCAGUUUUUCAACUUGUGUCUUCAUUGCCAGGGAGAAAUAAACAGCUUCGGAGAUUUGAUGUCAGCGGUAUUCACAAAAAUAGCAUAACAGCUCUGGCCUGGAGCCCCAAUGGAAUGAAAUUGUUCUCUGGAGAUGACAAAGGGAAAAUUGUAUAUUCUUCUCUGGAUCUAGACCAGGGCGUCUGUAACUCCCAUUUGGUGCUGGAAGAGCCGUCUUCAAUUGUGCAGCUGGACUAUAGCCAGAAGGUGCUGCUUGUCUCUACUUUACAAAGAAGUCUGCUUUUUUACACUGAAGAGAAGUCUGUCAAGCAAAUUGGAACACAACCAAGGAAAAGCACUGGCAAAUUUGGGGCUUGUUUUAUACCAGGACUUUGUAAGCAAAGUGAUCUAACCCUAUAUGCGUCACGGCCUGGGCUCCGGCUAUGGAAGGCUGACAUCCAUGGGACUGUUCAAGCCACAUUUAUCUUAAAGGAUGUCUUUGCUGGAGGAGUCAAGCCUUUCGAACUGUACCCGCGUCUGGAGUCCUCUGACAGGGGCAGUUGCAGCUUACCCGAGAAACACCUGGGCCUUGUUUCAUGUUUCUUUCAAGAAGGCUGGGUCUUGAGCUGGAAUGAAUACAGUAUCUACCUUCUAGACACCAUCAACCAGGCCACAAUUGCUGGUUUGGAAGGAUCCGGUGAUAUCGUGUCUGUUUCCUGCACAGAAAAUGAAAUAUUUUUCUUAAAGGGAGAUAGGAACAUUAUAAGAAUUUCAAGCAGGCCUGAAGGACUACCGUCAAUAGUGCGAGACGCUCUGGAGACAUCAGGAUGUACAGAGGAAGUCCAUGUGCAGCGUGUGGAGAAACCAUCGGGAGCCGCAGUUUCUGAGACGAGGCUCAGAGGCUCUUCUGCGGCCAGUUCCAUGGCCAGCGAGCCGAGGAGCAGGAGCAGCUCACUCAACUCCACUGACAGUGGCUCCGGGCUCCAGGCAGCCCCAGAGCUGGGCAAGGGCAGCCAGCCCACCUCACAGAGAUUCAGUGUGAUUAGCUCGGAAGACUUUGACCAGGAGCUUGUUGUGCAGCCUCUCAAAGUGAAAAAGAAGAAGAGGAAGAAGAAGACGACAGGUACCGUCUGCAGCAAGUGCCACCGACUCCUUCUGCUCACGUGGGAAGGCGGAAGCAGGAGCACCUGCCACAGUUCCUUUGAAUCGACUCCCUGCUGUGAGUUUCCUGGUGACAGUCCCCAGUCCUUGAAUGCAGACCUGCUGUCCAUGACCUCAAGUUUGGGCAGCAUCAUGGAUCGGUUAAGCACAGAGCCUCCUGACCAGGAGAGCAACCUCAUUGGAGAGGUGAAUGGUGUCCUGCAAGAAAAUCAUGACCCUGAAGCAUUUAGUGUCCUGGAUGUGGCUGAACCAGUCCCUGACUUACUGAAGGAAGAAAAUGACAGUAGAACUGAAAUCCCACAAUGUAACCAAGCAGGCGAGAUGGAGCCACACAAUGGAGUGUUGAGUUCACUGUUGCAACCCAGGGAAGAUGUGGAAGGAAGUGAUGUCACAGAACUCGAAGAGGAGCCUUGUCCUGGGCACGAUGGACAGAGUAGCAGACAGUUACCCUGCCGAGAACAGUACAGCUCUGCUGAGGCCCAGGAGGUGGGAGACAUGGAGCCUGAUGACCCCCAAAGCACUUUUUCUGAAGCCCCCAUCCUGGCCUCACCCCCAGUGCCUUCCAGCCUCAGCUGGGCCCCUAGUGCUGAGGAGUGGCUGCUGGGGACCAGAGCUGACGAAGGCAGCCCUGAGGAGCUCAGCGAAGAGCAGGGCUUCCUAACACAUGCAGAGGCCCCUGACCACCUCAGCUCAAAUCCCUGGCAUGCUGUCAUUGCUGAUGACACAGGCCAGAGGGUGAUGGCCACUUCUGAAUGUGACUUGGGGGAGGUAGGAGGACGACUCACUCCCCCAGUCUCUACUUUGGCAGCCAGCGUCCAUGAGCCUCGCCUUGAGCAGCCUUCACGGGACCAGGUGUUGACGUCCAGUGACGAGGAGGACAUCUACGCACACGGGCUGCCCUCUUCAUGCUCGGAGACAAGUGUGACAGAGCUCGGAAGUAGUCGCUCCCUGCAGGACCUAAACCAGCCAGGCACAGAUGACACUGGGCUGCUGAAGUCAGAUCAGUUUGCAGAAAGCUGGAUGGGCUACUCUGGUCCCGGCUACGGCAUACUCAGCCUGGCGGUCUCCGAGAAAUACAUUUGGUGCCUGGACUACAAAGGUGGCCUGUUCUGCAGUGCGCUGCCUGGCGCUGGGCUGCGCUGGCAGAAGUUUGAAGAUGCCGUCCAGCAGGUGGCAGUCUCACCCUCAGGAGCCCUUCUCUGGAAGAUUGAACAGAAAUCUAACCGAGCUUUCGCUUGUGGAAAAGUGACUAUCAAGGGGAGGCGGCACUGGUACGAAGCUCUGCCGCAGGCCGUAUUUGUGGCCCUGAGCGAUGACACAGCCUGGAUCAUCAGGACAAAUGGAGAUCUGUACCUGCAGACAGGUCUCAGCGUGGAUCGUCCCUGUGCUAGAGCCGUGAAGGUCGACUGUCCUUACCCACUGUCCCAGGUCACAGCCCGAAACAGCGUGGUGUGGGUGCUGACAGAACAGAGAGCCCUCUUGUACCGCGAGGGCGUGAGCAGCUUCUGUCCAGAAGGGGAGCAGUGGAAAUGUGACAUCGUCAGUGAAAGGCAAGCUCUAGAACCUGUCUGUAUAACUCUCGGGGACCAGCAGACCUUGUGGGCCCUGGACAUCCGAGGAAACCUGUGGUUCAGAACUGGCAUCGUUUCCAAGAAGCCCCAAGGAGAUGAUGACCAUUGGUGGCAAGUGAGCAUCACAGACUAUGUGGUGUUCGACCAGUGCAGCUUAUUCCAGACCAUCAUCCACGCCACGCAUUCAGUGGCCACAGCAGCUCAAGUCCCUGUCGAAAAGGUGGCAGAUAAACUGCGCAUGGCAUUUUGGUCUCAGCAGCUUCAGUGCCAGCCGAGCCUUCUAGGGGUCAACAACAGUGGCAUCUGGAUAUCCUCAGGCAAGAAUGAAUUCCAUGUCGCUAAAGGAAGUCUCAUCGGCACUUACUGGAAUAAUGUUGUUCCCCGUGGGACAGCUUCUGCAACAAAAUGGGCCUUUGUGUUGGCUUCCACUGCUCCCACAAAGGAAGGAAGCUCCUUGUGGCUGUGCCAGAGCAGCAAGGACCUGUGCAGCGUGAGCGCCCAGAAUGCUCAGUCGCGCCCCUCCACAGUGCAGCUGCCUCCCGACGCCGAGAUGAGGGCAUACGCCGCCUGCCAGGACGCUCUGUGGGCCCUGGACAGCCUUGGCCAGGUGUUCAUCAGGACGCUUUCCAAGAGCUGCCCCGCAGGCAUGCACUGGACCAGGCUGGACCUCUCUCAGCUAGGAGCUAUAAAACUGACAAGCUUGGCGUGUGGAAAUCAGCACGUUUGGGCCUGCGAUUCCAGGGGUGGAGUUUACUUCCGCGUAGGCACCCAGCCUCUGAAUCCCAGUCUGAUGCUUCCAGCCUGGAUAAUGAUUGAGCCACCUGUGCAGCCCGCCGGGGUCACCUUGGUCAGCAUCCAUUCCAGCCCCAAUGACCAGAUGCUAUGGGCGCUCGACAGCAGGUGGAAUGUGCACGUCCGAACUGGAAUCACCGAGGAGAUGCCAGUGGGGACCGACUGGGAGCAUGUGCCAGGGUUGCAGGCCUGCCAGCUGGCACUGAGCACCAGGACUGUGUGGGCCCGCUGCCCCAACGGUGAUCUCGCACGACGGUAUGGCGUCACUGACAAAAACCCUGCUGGAGACUACUGGAAGAAAAUUCCCGGACAUGUGACGUGUGUCACAGUGACCUCGUCAGACGAGCUGUGGGCAGUGGGCCCCCCUGGCUACCUCCUCCAGCGUCUGACAAGGACUUUCAGCCACUCGCACAGUGCCCAGAGCGGCCACGCCACCUCCCCCCACCCUGAGGACCUGGAGGACGAGUGGGAGGUCAUCUGAAGGAGCUCUCAGGGCGAGUCGCUCAGGAAGGAGGAAGCUGAGACUCGUGUGGUGGACACAGUCGGUUUCUGAGUCACUCAUUCUUAGACACGCCUCAUCAACUCUUGUCCAGACACGUCUGGCCAGGUCGGACACCCACACUUGCUUUCAUCCAUAUUUGUUUCCAUCUCAUUCCAGAACCCACAGCCUCAGCCAAGGGAUCCGUCGCUGUAGCAGCAGUGCCUCUGAACUCUCGUGAGGUCAUCUCCGAGUGGGCCAUGGCUGCUGCCAGUUGCAUGCACUACAGUUAGCCCUGUGCUGCGCUCACGUUCUCAUCACUGACCCCUGCAGGUCCUGUUGUGGGGGAUGACGUGGGAGCUUCCCGUGGGCAGGACGAAUCAGAGCCAGCUCGGGGACAUGGCUGUGAGCCCCUGCAGGCAGCCCUGUUAGUAGCCCCUGGGCUAAACAGAGCCGGAGGUCAUUGCUCUCCAGCCACUGAAGGUGUUCCUGUGACGGCUUUGUCUCCAUCACACGUCCCUCCACCUCCUCUCUAAGACGCCAGUUCCAGCACACAUUCCACGCUAGACAGCCCAGAUGAGAAACCAAGGCUGUUUGAGAGGUGGGGUGCUGGGCUGUGCCAGGACGGAGAACACACAUGCAGACGACACACAGGCCACGCCGCACCCUCCCUGCCCACUCACAGGCCAGGGCCUGCUGGCUGCACACAUCAGCCCAAACAAUACACGCCAGUGAAUGGAAGGCUCUGGAAGCAUGCGCGUGUCCAAGGCAGGGAUGGCACGGGGAGGCAGUUGGACGUGGGCAGGGGGAGCUUAGCCAUAGUAGCUAACUAACCGAGAUGCGUCUUGGGAAUGAUAUUGAACUAAUGCUGCUGGCGGAUGUCAGAAAAACCAGAAGCAUCCUCAGAGGAUGAAUCUACUAAUUAUUGCCUUUUUUGUUUGUUGUAAUACAAACCUGCAUAAGAUACCUCAUUUGAAAUCAAAUCUUACCAAUUUAGAAGAGAAGUGUAUUUUCCAAAACCAGUGGAAGGCCUUUCAUUCCUUCCCAUGGUUCGUCCUGAGCCUGCACUGUCUUCGGCUACAGCUUUUCAGGAAGGGUGGGCAGCCCCCUGUGUGUCCUCGACGUGCAGGGCAGUCAUGGGACCUGCGGCUGGCUCCAAGUGGGAGCCCGGCACUGUCAGCAGGGUGUUUGGGUUGACACCCCCAGAAGGUUGAACCUGGUGCCUGCAGUGGUCAGUUGCUGUGGCCACGUCAGCUGUCGGUCCUUGGGGUCAGCCUGCAGUGCCCACUCUCCUUGCUGGCAUCUGAGCUAUAGGAGUGGGCAGCCCAGCCCGCAUCCGGCCCUGAGCCCGCCCCACCCUCCUGGAGGCAGCAGGAGGCGGGACUGCAGCCCCGCGGCUUUUUUUAGCCUCCUUUGGCCCCCGGUCAUCCCUGGAGGCCUCUUUUCUACUGAGUGAGUGUCUGGGAGCCCUGGGGCCACAGGUGAAGACCAAUAAAGUAUGUUCUCUGACAGGACCCAGCCCGCCAGGAAGAUGGAGGUUUUCCGGGUCUAAACCAGGACGAGAUGCUGAAAUCCCAGAUCUCACUUCACACUUCACUUUUAUAGAAUCUUCUUUUUAAAUGUUUGGUGGCAGCAGAGGCCGCCCCAGGCUGGCUGCGGCUCCUCUUCCGCGUCUGGUGUGCCUUGUCCAGCUCCUCUCGGUGGAACGCUCUCCUAAUCCCACGGGACUUCAGUGCAAUUCAACCCAAGUCUCGUUUGCUACUUUUCAACGACUUGUAGCUUCAGUGCUUUGUAGUUUUCUUUCUGGUUUUAAUUUUCAGUUGUGCUUUGAGACAGUGCAAUAAACUAGACUUUUCCAAACCUA